GACACGAUCUAAUCAUGACUCCUAAUUCGCCUCAGAGACAAAACCCUAGCUUUAUAUAUUCGUCACAUAGCCAACCCUUACAGUCUUGCUCGCACAAAACCCUAGCUACAGCUAGUUCCCUUCAUCGUGGAAAAGCAGCCGAUCCAGAAUCUCAAAGAAUGAAGGUUGUCGCUGCGUAUUUGCUGGCCGUCUUGGGAGGCAAUACCCACCCCUCCGCCGAGGACUUGAAGGAAAUCCUUGGAUCUGUUGGAGCUGAUGCUGAUGAUGAUAGGAUUAAGUUGUUGCUGUCUGAAGUUGAUGGAAAGGAUGUUACAGAGUUGAUUGCUGCUGGUAGGGAGAAGUUGGCCUCAGUUCCUUCUGGUGGUGGUGUUGCUGUUGCUGCUGCUGCUGCCCCUGCUGCUGGAGGUGGUGCUGCAGCUCCUGCUGCUGAGGCCAAAAAAGAAGAGAAGGUUGAGGAGAAAGAGGAGUCUGAUGAGGAUAUGGGUUUCAGCCUCUUUGACUAGGAGAUUUGGUUGCUGCUUUCAUUUGUAUCAAGGCCUUCGUGCUAGCGUUUUAGUUAAAAAUUAUAAGUUUUUUGGUCUGUAGUUGGAUAUGAUAUUUGGAACUUGUUUGCAUUCUGGAAUUUUUGAGUUAGAUAACAGAGAUCAGCCUUUUCAGAUAUAAUUGUUAAUUUUGAGAUUCGCUUA